AUGACUGAAAAGCCCUGGGUCGACAUCGAAAAAGGCGGAGGUUGGAUUCCGCAACGCAAAUUGUGUACUUUGAACCGGAUUCUUCUGUACAUUCUCAUUUGCCUCUGUAUCCUGACCGCCAUUGUGACGGUCAGAAAGUCCUCGGUCCACUCUCACUAUCUCAUGAUGCCUGAUCCUCACGCAAACCAGGAACCCUUCAUUAUUGACAGCCGCUUGCACAGGGCUCGCAGCUCACAGAGGAUGCCGUAUGAUACAGAAUACAGUGUUCUGGUUAACGCUGCCAAUGCAAGAAUAAAGAAGCCAGAAAGAUCGGUAGCCGUGCCUGUCAAGAAAAACCCAGUUGUUUUACAGAAAGAGGUCGAGGCAAUUACGCUUGUGUCCAAACUGGUUUUGGUCGUCGAUUCGUUGAACCGCAAAUACGAGGACCUCGCUCGAAACUUGUGGGGGGAGCCUUUGCUGAUGAACCUGAGCAAGCACCCUUACGACGAGGCACUCAAAGACUACAUGGUAGACUACUUCAAGGUCGAGAAGCUGCCCAUUCUGCUUGUGAAUGGAAAACCGAUGGUGAGUGGAGACGACUUGAAUGAGGCGAAAGGCCAGCUAUUCAAUAAGGAUGCGCUUCUUGAAUUCCUACUCAAUAAGGAGUAUCUAAAGAAUGAUAAGCUAAGUCAUAUCACUUCGCUCAAAGACGUCGUGGAGCUCAACAUCAAGUUGGAUCAAACUACACUAAAGUGCGAGCUUACUUCUUCAGAGUACGACAUUACAUCAACAGUCGUGCCCAAAUUCGCGUACGUGGUACCCUGUGGAUGUGUGAUGUCAAAGAACGCUCUAGUUUCUCUUCUUUCUUCUACAAAGAUCAGAGAAUACGCUACAACGCGAUGCCCGCUUUGCAAUACCGAGUUUUGUACCCGCGACCUGAUCGAAAUAGACCCAGACGAGGAGGAGUCACGAGUUCUGGAAAAGCGCAUGAAUUUGCUCAAGGAGGAAGGGCUACACCACUCACUCAACGCCCGGAAGAAACGAAAGUCUGUGUCCGGGGAGAAAAGCGCUAAAAGGAGCAAAAUUAAAAGCGCAAAGCCUUGA